CUUUCUCUCUUCUCCACUUUUUGUUUGCUUCUCCAUAUAUAUAGUAAAAAAUUGAUUUUCAAAAGUCUCAAAACCAGUGGAGGCGUUUAUGGAACAAGGCAAGAAUAAGAAGAAGAAGAAGACUUGGGAUUUUUGGAAUCUUGGGUUAUUCCCAAAAAAAAACCCAUUACUCUCAAAUUGAGAGAGUGAGAGAGUUUGAGCGGAAUUGAUGGGGAAGAAGGCGGCCACGUCAUCGCCGAGGUCCCGGCGCUUGAAGAAGCAGGUUGGGUCGUCGCCGCCGCUGCCGCCGCUGCUGCCUCCGCAGAUCGGAGGAGGAGCCGCCUCGCCUCCAAACAACAAUAAUUGUAUUUUGGUUGGAAAAGGGAAGAAGAAGACCGGCGGAGCUCGGCUAUGGAUGAGGCUGGACCGGAGUGGGCGGCACGAGCUGACGGAGUUGGACAAGAACGCUAUCAUUCGUCGCGCUUCUAUUCCCGCCAGGGAUUUGAGAAUCCUUGGCCCUAUUUUCUCUCACUCCUCCAAUAUCCUUGCAAGGGAGAAAGCGAUGGUUGUCAAUUUGGAGUUUAUAAAGGCCAUAGUUACAGCCGAAGAAGUGCUGUUGUUUGAUCCUCUCCGUCCAGAGGUUCUUCCAUUCGUGGAGCAGCUAAGGCAACAACUUCCUUGUAAAAGCCCAUUCCAUGGAGCUGGCCAUGAAGAUGAACAAGAUAACGAAAUGCGUGUUUCAACAGGGAGACAAUGGUUGCCCGUUCCAGAAGCAACUGAAGGUCUGCAGUGUGAGCUUCCCUUUGAGUUUCAGGUUCUGGAGAUUGCAUUAGAGGUUGUCUGUACAUAUCUGGAUUCCAAUGUGGCUGACCUCGAGAGAAAUGCUUACCCUGUGUUGGAUGAACUGGCCAGGAAUGUUAGCACCAAGAAUCUUGAAUAUGUGAGAAGUUUGAAAAGCAAUCUUACCCGGCUGCUUGCACGUGUGCAAAAGGUAAGGGAUGAAAUCGAACAUCUAUUAGAUGACAAUGAAGAUAUGGCACAUUUAUAUCUCACAAGGAAGUGGAUCCAGAAUCAGCCUCCUGAGGCUUUAUUGGGAGCUGCUGCUUCAAAUAGCAUAGUUACCGCUUCUCCUCAUUCCCAUCUCCGCCGACUUGGUUCUGCCAGGAGCGGAAGUUUGGUGACUAGCAACUUUCAGGAUGAUAAUGAUGUAGAGGAUCUGGAGAUGUUGCUUGAAGCCUAUUUUAUGCAGCUGGAUGGAACUCGUAACAAGAUAUUGUCUGUUCGGGAGUAUAUUGGUGACACAGAAGACUAUGUUAACAUCCAACUUGACAACCAGCGAAACGAACUUAUUCAACUGCAGUUGACAUUGACCAUUGCAUCAUUUGCUGUUGCUAUUGAAACCUUGAUAGCAGCAUGGUUUGGGAUGAACAUCCCUUUUCCAUUGUACAAUGUGAACGGGGUAUUUUGGUACUUUGCUGGUGGUAUUACAGUAUUAUGUAUAUUUAUUUUCCUGUUUGUCUUGGGAUAUGCCAGAUGGAAGAAGCUGCUCGGUUCAUAAGUUCAUCUCAUUAUCAUAUUUAGUUGUGCUUUUCAAUAUUUGAACACCACCAUCUUUACAAUCUAUUUUUUGAAUCCCAGUAAUGGGAAUCUUUGAAGUGUAGUUGAGGACUAUCAAAUUUCUUUUGAUACAUGUAAGGAUAAAUACAUAAAUUAUGUUGUAGUUGAUGGGGAUGAUGCAACUUCCUUUGGAAUUUCUGUUUCUGUACAUAAUGAGAGUUGCUAUAAAAUCUCCAACCUGUUCUGAAA